UUGGGGUCACGUCUUUAAUGGCCUCUGCAUAUGGUGUACGCUUUAACGGACGCAGAAUUUCGAAAACAAUAAAAUGUAUUGAAUAUAUACAAGUUUAAGGAAAACGUAAAACUAAAAACGGGACUAAAGGAAUGAAAAGCGGCCUCUGACAGAUGGUUGUCCUGAUUGGCUCUGUGCGCAGAGGUCCCCACGGAGUCGCGCAGCGCGUCACAAUGGUGACAGAAAGGCAAAGGGGCGGCAACGGGACGCGCAGCUCCUCCUUAAAUACAGGACCCUCGCACUCCGGAGAACAUUCUGCUUUGAGCCUCCGGUUGUAAGAGAUUUGAAAACAUGACACCUAACAUUGCUUCCCAAACGCCGCUGUCCUCCUACGCGCCAAAAAUGAGCCUUGCCAAAAGGAAAGAAGCCAGCGAAAUGAGAAAGGUAGGAUUGUUUGACAAUUCGUCUGUGGCGGCAGAGCUCGAUUAUACAACCUGCGUGCAUCUAGUCGAGCUUGGGGUGUUCAUUUCUGUUAAUUCUUUUUCUUUUGCACUUCAGACACUGAAGCCUCUUAUGGAGAAGCGAAGAAGGGCACGAAUCAACGAGAGCCUUAAUCAGCUCAAGACGCUCAUUUUGCCGCUGGUUGGAAAGGAUACUUCAAGAUAUUCAAAGCUUGAAAAAGCGGACAUCCUGGAAAUGACCGUGAGAUUCCUGAAGAAUCUUCCGACUAAACCCAUUCAAAAUCCAACAGAAAGCUACACCGAUGGUUACAGAGCUUGCCUGCAGCGCGUUUCCAGUCUUCUUCCAAAAACCGACCUGUUGGACAAAGAAACCUGCUGCCGUCUCGUACAGUUCAUACAGACCAACAUGGCAACCUCAAGCACCUGCCAGAACUGCCAGGGACAAAGUGCCAGAGUUCCGAACGUCUUGCCAGUCUAUCCAGUAAGGCACUCUAGCACCGAGAGCUCCCCCAGUUCAAGUAGGAACGGCGCGAGCAGAACGCCCCCUGCAGUUCAGCCCCCGAACUACCAUGUGUGGAGACCUUGGUAGAAAUCGAAAAGGACUUUAAACGAGCAGAGCCUGUAAAUAUGUACAUUAAAUUACUAGUUAAUGGGAUGUUCUAACCUCUUCUAAUAUUAAGAAUUUUCGGAAUGCGUAAAUUUAUCAUAUACAUUUAUGGUAUUUGAUCGACGACAGUGUCGAAGUCUCGAUCGGAUGAUUAAAAACAAUUCUGUGAAAUAAAAUGUAUAACUAUAUAUUUAGUCCUCGCGGGGGUUAAAUGAAAGUGGGGUUGUGUAGACCGCAGCCUUGUAAAACCCAAAGGGUUGUUUUUUCGGUAUGUCACUUGCACAAUUGUCUUAUAAAUUACUGAAGGCUGAACGCAGAUGUAAGUUGUGUAUCUUGCAAGUUCUUACAAUCGUUUGCCACGUAUUGUAAAGAGAUUUUAUUGAAAUGUAAUUUCAAAUAUAUUCUACUGUAAAAUGUAUUUCU